UCUUCAGUGCUUCCCUCAGAGGGAGGCAGAGACACCUUGAAGGGCUGGGUAUAAGGACAUCUACUGAGUGUCUUUUUAAAUGAACACUAGAGCUGGGGGGGGAGGGGAAAAGGAACAGGCUUGUAUCCACAACUCACUUGGACUUGUAUCCAAGAAGUCAGAUGCCAUGGAUUGGCUCCCUCACCGAACGGCUCUUUUUCUGUUCCUUUUAUUGGUAUUCUUGGAUUUCAGCACAGGAUUUCAUGUAGAGGUAAAAGAAUGGGAUGAAAAUGGAAUGGUAAGAUGGAAAACCUUCAGAAGACAAAAACGUGAAUGGAUCAAAUUUGCUGCAGCUUGCAGAGAAGGAGAAGAUAAUUCUAAGAGGAAUCCAAUUGCCAGAAUCCGAUCAGAUUGUGAAGAAAACAAUCCAAUUACAUACAGCAUCUCUGGAGUUGGAAUUGAUAGUCCUCCCUAUGGAAUAUUUGUUGUUAACCCAAAAACAGGAGAAAUCAAUAUAACAUCAAUAGUGGAUAGGGAAGUAACUCCAGUAUUUGUUAUACGUUGCUUUGCUAAACACUCAGUGACGGGGGCAGAUCUGGAAACACCUCUUGAACUUCGAGUCAGAGUUCUGGAUAUAAAUGAUAACCCUCCCAUAUUUGCACAAACUGUAUUUACAGGAUCUAUUGAAGAAAGCAGUAUGGACAACACACUGGUGAUGAAAAUAAUUGCAACAGAUGCAGAUGAACCUAAUCACUUGAAUUCUAAAAUUGCCUUUAAGAUAGAAAGUCAAGACCCUCCAGGUCCACCCAUGUUCAUUAUGAAUAAAUAUACUGGAGAACUUCAUCUUGCAAAUUAUCUUGACAGAGAGCAACAUAGUAGCUACACUCUCGUUGUGAAGGCAUCAGAUCGGGAUGGAGCUGCAGAUGGAAUAUCAUCCCUUUGUAGCUGCAACAUUAAAGUCAUUGAUGUCAAUGACAACUUCCCAACUCUUGCUCAAAGUUCUUUUUCAGCAAGCAUUUCAGAAAAUUCACUCAGUUCAGAUCUGUUACGAAUACAAGCUCUGGAUGCUGAUGAAGAGUUUACAGACAAUUGGUUAGCAGAGUUUUUCUUUAUAUCCGGUAAUGAAGAUAACUGCUUUGAAAUUGUUACAGAUAGAGCCACGAAUCAAGGAAUCCUUAGAGUAAUUAAGGAACUGAAUUAUGAACAUCUCCAAAGUCACUCACUGAUGAUUGGUGUCAGGAACGUAGCUGCCUUCCACCACUCUGUUGUGAAUGACUACAAAAUGUCUGGAACACCUCUCACUAUAGAAGUAACAAAUAUGAUUGAACCACCAAGAUUUCAUCCAUCUACAAAUGUGUUUUAUGUAUCAGAAAGCACAAGGGCGAAUUAUGUUCUGGGAACAUACACAGCCAUCGAUGAGGACACUGGCAUCACUGCAUCAAACGUUGUAUAUAGUAUAGGACGCGAUCCAGGUGCCUGGUUCAGAAUCAAUCAAAACACUGGUGAAAUCACACUGAGCAAAGUUGUUGACUGGGAAUCAGUCUAUGUAACCAAUGGGCAGUACAAAGCAGAGGUUCUGGCUAUCACCAGAGGGGUUCCUCGAUAUACUGCUACUGGCACCAUUUUGCUUUCAAUAAGAGACAUCAAUGACAAUUGCCCAACUAUUAAUACUGAAUUAAGGAAAGUAUGUAUGCAUUCUCCAUCAGUGAUUAUCACAGCAAAGAAUGCAGGUGGUGAUUCAUAUGGUCUUCCCUUCACAUUCAGCAUACAUGGUGAACCACAAACUACAUGGAUUAUCAGAUCAAUAAAUGCUUCCUCUGCAGAAUUAGUGAAUCAGAACAUUGACUUUUACAUGUAUAGGAUCUAUGUCAGCGUAAGAGAUAGCCAAGGCCGACGCUGCCUUAAACCACAUAUAAUUCCCGUGCAAGCUUGCCAGUGUGACAGUCGUAAUUACUGCACCAGUGGGGCCACAAGAAUAAUUAUCAUUGGUGGUGGUGGUAGUGGUGGCAGCAGUGGUGGUGCUGGUGGUGGCGGCAGCAGUGCUGGCGGUGGCGGCAGUGCUGGUGGUGGUGGUGUUGGUGGUGGAGGCCAGCAAGGUGGAGGAGGAACAGACCAAGGUGGUGGUGGUGAGUAUAGACCUGCAGAAACCGAUAGCAACACAGACUGGCAAUAUUACACUGGUGGAUACAGCGAAGGUUAUGAAGGAUAUACUGCAGCCACUGAAGAUACUUACAAUGAUAAUGGAUUUUCUGGCAGGCAGGGCGAAUCUGCCACCACACUUAGUGGUUCUGCCAUUGGCCUGAUGUUUCUUGGUGGAUUAAUAUUUGUUCUGAUUCCAAUUUUGAUGUCAAUGAGUGACUGUUGUGGCUGUGGACCCGGUGCUGCAGGUGGAGUUGGAGCUGGAUUUGAACCUGUACCUGAGUGCACAGAAGGAGCAAUUCAUCCAUGGGGAAUAGAAGGUGCACAGCCUGAAGACAGGGAUGUCUCACACAUUCUUGCCCCAACAACAGCUGCGGGAGGUGAUUUUGGUGAACCCUCUGACAUAUAUACAAACACAUAUGGAGGAGGAGGAGUAGUAGCUUCUGGUGUUGAAGAAACUACAGGAGUUGGAUAUGGCACUGGUACUGGUUAUGGAACAGCUGGAGGAAUUUCUGGAACAGGGGAAGCAAAAGGAUCAAUUGGAGGAACAAUAAAAGAGUAUCGAGAAGGAGGGGUGAACAUGGCCUUUCUAGACAACUAUUUCUCUGAGAAAGCAUUUGUGUAUGCAGAUGAAGAUGAAGGUCGUCCAGCAAAUGACUGCCUACUAAUAUAUGAUCAUGAAGGAGUUGGUACUCCUGUUGGUUCUGUGGGCUGCUGCAGCUUUAUUGGAGAAGAUACAGAUGAAACGUAUUUGGAUACAUUAGGACCAAAAUUUAAGACUCUGGCGGAGAUCUGUCUGGGCAAAGAGAUUGAACCAUUCCCUGAUGUCAACCCACCUUGGCCAGGCAUUAAUGUCACCUUUCCCAGUCCUGAAAGUGAUCUAAACCUCCCACCACCUGGAACAACCAUCAUUGUCAAUGGAUCUGCACCUAUUCCUCCCCCAGUCGGCACUACAACAGUCGUUACUGAAAAUACCUACACAUCUGGGUCAACCAUACAGCCCCCAAGGCCGAUGCCAGAUCCUUUGCUCCAUGGCAACAUGACAGUGACUGAGACCUACACCUCUGGCUCCCCCUCUCUUUGUGUUGACCCUCUGCGUGCAUCCAACGUUGUUGUAACAGAAAGGGUUGUUGGUCCUGCAUCUGCCUCUGACUUGCGUGGCAUGCUAGAUAUCCCUGAUCUCACAGAAGGGUCCAAUGUUAUUGUCACAGAAAGAGUAAUUGCUCCCAACUCCCGGCUCCCAGCCUCUCUGAGCAUUCCCGAUUUGGUAGAUGGAUCGAAUGUGGUGGUGACAGAAAGGGUUAUCAGGCCUGCCUCUGGCAUGCCAGGCAGCUUAAUAAAUAUUCCCUCAGAGUUAUCAAAUGCCCACAACGUGGUGGUCACCGAGAGGGUAGUGUCAGGGUCUGGGAUGAGCAGUCUGGGGGGCACAAGCCUGGGAGGGACAAAUCUGGGGGGCCUGAGCAGCGCAGGUCAGAUGCUCAGCGCCGACUGUCACCUUGGCCAGGCAAUGGGCACAGUAUCCCCUGGCACCUCCCGGAGAAGAGUGACAAAGUACAGCACCGUGCAGUACUCCAGUCAGUAAGGCCCCUUCCUACUGAAAUUUCCUUUUACACUGACACUCUUUAUCUGCCAACCAUCAGGAAUAUUGUUAUUAUUUAUAACUAGGAAAUAGUGCUAAAAUUUCAGGGAUUCCUACUUAUAUGAGGAUCUCCAAAGGAUGCCCCGUUUCAAGGUCAAAAGCAGGACUUUGUCAGUGAAGGGAAAGUUGAAGUUGGCUUAAAAUUUAUUUCUUUCUCUCCACCUAGCACUACAAAUGUACCAACAGGUACCAAUGAUCUGAGAGAUCUGAUUACAGAGCGGAGCGGUAAGAGGGGAUCCUUGUGUGCAUACAGCAUUGGCAUGAAUUAAUGUCAUAUAAGAGAGUGUUAAACUACUGUACUGCUGAGUGAUCUCCUACGAUAAGCAGAUUUGAGUUAAUAGCACCUCACUGACAAGGCAGGGAAAGAAUGUAAUUAAUAAUUAGUCAACUCAAGACUAAAUAAGCACUUUCAAAUGCAUCGCUUUAUUUUGCAUGUCAUUCAAGGAACGCUACAAAACGGCACUUUCAAUCAUUUCUCCCAUCACCAGCAAUAGUUAUAAAUAAUAAUCAUAUAAACAUAAUAUAUUUUCAUCCCUUUAUGAAGUUCUCAGUUAAACAAAAAUCCCACCAUGGCCUGUCAUGCUUUCACUCUUAUGGCGGGGAGCAUGACCAACAAUUUCCCACAACCGUCGCUGCCACAUUGACACUGUCACCCAGGAGGACGUUGGCUUCAUCUUUUCUCCAUACCGUUACAGCUUUACUUAAGUCUAAAAGGACUUCAGUGACAACCAGGAACUUUUAGUCAGAUUUUUGUGCCAAACUAUGACUACCAUUUAAGUCUCCAAAGACAGGUUAUACUGAGAGGGCUAUAAUAUACUGUGCCAGUUCUCUUUUCUAACACUGACAAGAAAAUAAAAUCUUAGAACCUUUGUGACGUGAGGAGGCAAUAGCAAGUAUUCUAUCACUGACACUGGUAGCUGAAGUCCUUCAAGAAGAGGAAAAAACACUCGGGAACAAUAUAAGUUUGCUAAUAAGCAACAUGGAGAAUUGUUACUUCAUAUGUCAAUGUAUUUUGCAUUGAUAUUUUGAAAGCUUAUUUGAAUGUGUUAAUUGAAGAUGUCUUUAUGAUUCUAGAAUCUUAAUUAAAUCUGGCUUUUAUUUUCCCACAAAAACAGCUCUACUGGAUUCUGUUAUUCCAAUAAUACCUUAAUGUGGCUUAGAAUAUGAUCUGAAGAAGCAAAAUACUGAAAUAUAUUACCUAUGUCAUUUUACUUCUGUAUCAUAUCUAUAGUAAUCAUAGUGUACACAACAUUGUGCAAAUACAACAGAGUUAUAUAGAGGGACUAGCUUUUUUUUUUUUUUCCUAGAUCACCAAAUCAGUAGUUUUCCCUCAAAUUUUGCUUCUUCAGCUUUGAUGGAUAGGUUAGCAAAAAGUUUGAGAGUUGUCUGUGAACCUCUCAUUCUAUAAAUUGGAGAAGAAACUUUCAGUUGCAUAACCAGAUUAACUCAUGUCAGAACUGGAUGACAAGUUUCUGAGUCUGCUAUCAGGAAAAUGCUUUUUAAAAGAUCCUUCCUGAUGCCCUUUGAGUCAAUGCCACAGCCAUUAGCACCAGUAAUCCCCAGGAACCAUGACUAAACCCCAUGCUACCUUAAGAAAGUGUCCCUUCCAGCUCUUCAAGUUUUUCUGAAGCAAUUGAGUAUGCUAUGUGCUCUACCCAUAAUAUCUGAAGUAUUGCUAUUUUUACUUGGUCCCGUAGCCUUGAUUAUCUUAAGUAUCACUAAAAUUGCAUUGACUUCAGUGGGACUGGUAUCUCCUAUAUCUUACAGCACCAACUGUAAGUAUGGUUUCUGGAAACAUUCUUUAAGGGAGAAAAAGUGGUACUAAUAUAUAAAGCUGUAUUCUUUUAUAUCUGGAGAAUUUGUGCUGAAAUUUACUAAAAUGUUAACAAGCUCUCUUUCAUUUUGCUAACCACAUAUUUAGAUAAAAAGGCAAAUAUUUGAAAUACGUAUGACUUUCUGGACAUUUGGAAAGUCUAUGCCAUACAGCCAAAGCCCAUCAGAGAGAUUUUUUAAUGUAAAAUGAAAUGAAGUCUUGUGUAAAUAUUUCCACAAUCACCUUAUGUAAAUCAGAAAUAUUUUUCCUAAUUGUGCUUUAUAGUAAUAUCUAGUCUUCAGAAACAUAUGCUGAAUUCUUUGUGAUCCUACUGAACAGUAAUGUUGUGUGAAGUACGAGUGUCUGAACUAGCUAUGGUCUCUUGCGUGUCUAGAAAUAGAAAGGGGAAGAACUGCUUGAGAAAAAAUGAUUUUUCAAAGUACAGCUUUUGGUAAAGCAGUAAUUGUCUACUUCUCAUACUACUUUUUACCAACUUUUUAUUGAUAAACAGCAUAUUGUUUAAUGCAACUUCUUGAAAGUUUGCUAGCUGUUUUUCAUAUUGGUGUUGCACAUCAAACAGCGAUCACAAUAUUAUCCCUCAGUGCAGUUCCAGUCCAUUUCUGUAUACAAAUUUCUACUGCUGCAUAAUUUUUGCAAACUUUCUUAAAGUUGCUUUCUUAGUGAGAUGUGGACAUUUUUCAGUUACUGCGAAUUGUGGGAGAAAAAUGUAUCUGAAGAUGUGAACAAAUGCUUGGUUCAUUAAAAAUUCUGUGCAAAUUCUUUUUCUAGUUUUUUUCUUUUAAAAUAGCAUACAGUUUAAUCCUGACUAAAACACAUUAGUUUUAUUUCUUUUAUUUCAGUUGUAAUUUAGAAGCCUGCUGCCUGUCGUAUCUUUAAUCAUGUCAUUUAAUAAUGAAGACUGAAUGGUUUUCAGGAAAGGAAGACAACUUUUGAGUAGUGAUACUAAUCCUGGUUUAAACCUUUAAAGCAAAAAACCUCUUAUUAAAGUGUCAGCAGCAUGCAACAUUGAGUCUAUGGCUUUCUUUUUUUACUUGGGUUUUGUAGAGCAGGAUCCUACAAUUUUAUAUGGGCUCGCUGAGAUCUUGGCAGCACAAAAAGUACACUGCCAUGGAAGAAAACAGAGCCACAAGCUGAGGAUCUCAUUAGAUUUCUACCUUGGGAACACUAUCUGAAUUUGAACUGUAGAUUUCAAUUUUUUUUUACUCAGUCCUGAUUUUGUAGUAAUAAAUAAGAUAUUUAAACUGUUGUGAGCAGCACUUACUGCUUACAAUACUAAAACACCACACAGUUCAAGAAAAAUUUUAAAAGUCUACUAUUUUGCUUGAGUUAACAUAACCACAUAAUUGAAAAUGCUCCUCACUCUUGAGUAACCAAAUGUAUAAUUUUCAAUCUAUUUGAAAUAUUACUAAUAUUACAGUGUUACUGUGUUUUCAUAAAUAUUUCAUAAAAAUAUUACAGAUCUGUUUGUAAUAAUUUCUGAAUGGCACUGAAAAAAUACAAUAAAUUCUCAUCUGGAACAUCAUAUUUUAAGUAGAGUGGCUCAGGAUAUUCUUUUUUCCAUUUAUCAGUAGGAAAUAUAGUUUCCUUACAACUGCUUUUUUUUUGUUCAGGGAAAUUCUAGUUUUAAUUUUCUUAAUAAAUAAAAGGUAUUAGUUUAGAAAGUCAAGGCAUUCCAUGGUGAAACUAUCCCAUCUCAAAUUGACUGUGAUAUUUUGUUCUAGGUUGUCAAGCAGAAGCUUGUGUUAGGUUUCAUAAGAACUGUAGUACAAUUUCCUCAAGCCGUCAUUCUCUGUGUUAUUCUCUCUCUUUAGACAGCCGGAUUUUGUGACGCUCUUCUGUCCCGCAACUCUGAAAUAGUGCUUCAGAGGAGCUAAAGACUAAUACUGGAGCACAAGCCACUGACAGCAAAAGACACUUGAAUCACAGUAUUUGGGCAGCACAGGCAUUACAGGUAUAUUCAGUGCAUACAGGUCAAGAUAAGUUGAACCAAGCAGCAACACUUUGGUUCUAAAAGUAAAAACUUUUUUGACUUUGCAGAAGCAGAUUUCUUUCUAAUGUUCCAGACCAACAG